GUCGCCCAUUGUCCGAUAUGACUAGAGCUCUUGCCGGGCGCAAAGCUCGCCCACUCCACCUCCGGCACAUGUCAGGUCAGCUCCGCAAGCGAACCGAACCAAUUCGACGUCAACAUGGGCAAGUUACCGCUGUUUGCGUAGGACGGCAUGAUGGGAUUGUCCCGAUUUGCGGUCGACAAUGACAAUACUGUGCGUCUACGAAUCACAAACUUUGUGCGUGCUUGCUGCACUGCACGUCUGCACUCACCGAUGAACACGGCACGGAAGCGAGAGGGAAUACGGGAGUGGAAUUGGAGCUUGCAGACGACGGCUGGUUGGCACAUGCGGUCGAGGAUCUCGAUGGUGGCGCGGGAGGCAGUACAUGCCAAGUACUGUAUUGUACCGCACCGGUUGGUUGGUGGGUCGUGGAGGAGAGGCGGCGCACGACAACGUUUCCCCGGACAGGAGAGGGCUGCUAAUGUGAGCUGUGAGCUAUUUGCAGUGGGUUUGCAGUGGGUGUGCACCCUAUUUGUCCAGUGUGCUGUCGCGGGUUACGCACAGUUACGUACUGGUACAGCGCGGUGCUCGCAGCGCUGUAAGGGACAUGUAAGGGACAUGGCUGCACCUGCGUCCCGCACCUCGCACAGCGUCAUGGCUGGCGGGUGUGCCCUAGGUAGCCUUCCGAGAUCCAAUAGAGUCGGCAGCUGGCGUACGGAUGACGAAAUAAAACCAGGGCCAGUGGCCCCAGAAGCUAAGGAUCCAAGCCGAGACCUGCGCCUGUGUCCCACUGCGAGCCACCAUAUUUCUUUGGUUUGGUUUGCUGUCUGUCGUUGUCCCUGAGUGUCUCUUCCUGUCUCUUCCCGUCCCUUCCCGUCGAGUCACUCACAGCAGUCCAGGCCUAGUUGAGCUGUUCGCCGGAUAGGUAGCGUCCGUUAGUGGCCGUCAGUGGCCCGCCAGUGGCCACAGCCCUCUCUAGUCGGCAGCUG